UAUACACACCGGUCAGUAGCAUUAGGGCGGCACCUGGGAUUGGACCACAUUUGAACCAUGAAGUGCUUUGCAUUGGCCUGUUUACUCUUGACCGUUGGUCUUGCAAACGCCCAGCGAGAAUUUCCUGAUGAUUUCCAGUUCGGGGUAGGAACUUCUGCUUACCAGAUUGAGGGAGCAUGGAACGAAGACGGCAAGGGCGAAUCCAUCUGGGACCACCUGGUUCACAAUCAUCCGGACAAGAUUACCGACCGUUCGAAUGGUGAUGUGGCUUGCAACAGUUAUCAUCUGUGGCGACGUGAUGUGGAGAUGCUGAAAGAUCUCGGAGUUGACAUCUAUCGUUUCUCGAUUGCGUGGACGCGUAUCAUGCCCACCGGAAUCAGCAAUGAGAUCAACGCGAAGGGAGUAGAGUACUACAAUAACCUUAUCAAUGCUCUGCUGGAAAAUAACAUCACUCCCCUCGUGGUACUCUACCAUUGGGAUCUACCGCAACGGCUUCAGGAAAUAGGUGGUUGGACGAAUCGAGAAGUCAUCGGCCAUUUUCGAGAAUAUGCUCGAUUUGCUUUCCAGACAUUCGGCGACCGCGUCAAAUGGUGGACAACGUUCAAUGAACCGCUUCAAACGUGCCGACAGUCGUACGAAUGGGAUGCCAUGUCUCCUGGGCUUGAAUUCCCCGGUAUUCCCAGUUAUCUUUGCAGCCACAAUCUGCUACUAUCACACGCUGAAGCAGUUGAAGUGUACAAAACCCAGUUCCAGUCGAUUCAAGGUGGUAAAAUUGGUAUCACCAUCGAUUCUUCUUGGGCAGAGCCCCGUAGCAACUCAACCGAUGAUAUGGAAGCCUCGGAAAUUAAUAUGCAAUUCAUCCUCGGUUGGUACGCACAUCCUAUCUUCUCAACCCAAGGCAAUUAUCCACAAGUCAUGAUCGAUCGCAUCGGUAACUUCAGUCGGUAUCAAGGUUUUGCCAAGUCCCGUUUGCCGGUUUUCACGCAGGAGGAAAUCAACAAACUAAAAGGAUCGGCGGACUUCUUUGGCUUCAACACCUACACCACGGCUUUGGUCCACAAAAACGAUGCCGCCAAUACAGUUAACUACCCAGAGCCAUCAUUUGAUCAUGAUCGAGGCAUAAUUGAAUAUCAGGACCCCAGCUGGCCAGCAACGGGAUCCAGCUGGUUCAGGGUGUACCCGGAAGGUAUCUACAAUCUGCUUAAAUGGAUCAGUAAAGAGUACAACAAUCCUGAGGUCUACGUAACAGAGAAUGGAUACAGCGAUCGUGGGGGUACCCGUGAUGAAGGACGCGUAGAUUACUACAAAAGCUACCUGAAUUCUGUCCUGAAUGCCAUCAAGGACGGUUGCAACGUGAAAGGCUACGUAGCGUGGAGCUUGAUGGAUAAUUUUGAGUGGCGCGCGGGACUUUCGGAACGAUUUGGUUUGUACUUUGUGGACUACAACCAUCCGAAUCUGACCCGAGUGCAGAAGUCGUCGGCUAAGUUCUAUGCCAAUGUGGUGAAAACACAUACAAUUGAUAUGAAGUUGAUGCCAGAGCCUGAAGAAUAUACGCCAUACGAUAAGGGCACUGGAUCGAUGAUUAUCCCCACUAUUUCAGUUAUCUUUGCCAGCAUUGCAGUUCUAAUGAGGCAGCUGUUUUGAAAGAUAAGAUACAAGUA